AUGGUGGACAAGUCCAUGGCGACUGGGGUGAGGAUAAAGAAAAGAAGAUCUAAAGAGGGCAACUACCUGGCUGUGGGCACCAGCCGCCCAGAGGUUCAGCUAUGGGAUGUGCAGCAGCAGAAGCGGCUUCGGAACAUGACCAGUCAUUCUGCCCGAGUGGGCUCCCUGUGUUGUAAUCACUAUCUACUGUCCAGUGGCUCACGCUCUGGUCACAUCCAUCACCACAAUGUUCGGGUAGCAGAACACCAUGUGGCCACACUGAGUGGUCACAGCCAGGAAGUGUGUGGGCUGCGCUGGUCCCCAGAUGGACGACAUUUGGCCAGUGGUGGCAAUGAUAACUUGGUCAAUGUGUGGCCUAGUGCUGCUUUAGAGGCGGGCUGGGUUCCCCUGCAGACAUUCACUCAGCAUCAAGGGGCUGUCAAGGCUCUAGCUUGGUGUCCCUGGCAGUCCAAUAUACUGGCAACUGGAGGGGGCACCAGUGAUCGGCACAUUCACAUCUGGAACGUCUGCUCUGGGGCCUGUAUGAAUGCUGUGGAUGCCCACUCCCAGGUGUGCUCCAUCCUCUGGUCUUCCCACCACAAGGAACUUAUCUCAGGUCAUGGCUUUGCCCACAACCAGCUGGUUAUUUGGAAGUACUCAACUAUGGUCAAGGUUGCUGAGCUCAAAGGUCACACAGCCCAGGUCCUAAGUUUGGCCAUGAGUCCAGAUGGGGCCACGGUGGCAUUAGCAGCAGCAGAUGAGACCCUACACAUGUGGCGCUGCUUUGAGUUGGACCCUGCAUGGCGGCGAGAGCGGGAAAAGGCUAGUGCAAUCAAAAGCAGCCAUAUCCAUCAAAGCAUCUGUUGA